GGCGAGGAGGAGGGCCCGCCGCCGCCGCCAGCCCGCGCGGCUGGAGCCCAGGCAGGCAGCCCGCGGCCCGCGCCGUCGGGGCUCCGGGCGCGGCUAUGGAGCUGUGGCCGUGGCUGAUCGCGGCGCUGCUGCUGCUGCUGCUGCUGGCGCAGCUGAGCCGCUCGGCCCGCUUCUACGCCAAGAUCGGCCUGUACUGCGCCUUCUGCUUCACGGCCUCGGCGAUGGCCGCGGUCGUCUGCCUGCUGCGCCACGGGGGCCGGACGGUGGAGAACAUGAGGAUCAUCAGUUGGUUCGUCCGGUCCUUCAAGUAUGCAUAUGGCCUCCGCUUUGAGGUCAAAGGCCGUGAGACGCUGGACGAGGACCAGCCCUGCGUCAUCAUCUCCAACCACCAGAGCAUCCUGGACAUGAUGGGCCUCAUGGAGGUCCUCCCCGACCGCUGCGUGCAGAUCGCCAAGCGAGAGCUGCUCUUCCUGGGGCCCGUGGGCCUGAUCAUGUACCUGGGGGGCGUCCUCUUCAUCAACCGGCAGCACUCCCAGACGGCCAUGAGCGUGAUGACUGACGUGGGCGAGCGCAUGGUCAGGGAGAAGCUCAAAGUGUGGAUCUACCCGGAGGGCACACGGAAUGACAACGGGGACCUCCUGCCUUUCAAGAAAGGCGCCUUCUACCUGGCGAUCCAGGCCCAGGUACCCAUCAUCCCCGUGGUUUACUCCAGCUUCUCCUCCUUCUACAGCUGUAAGACGAAGCUCUUCACUUCAGGAACCAUCCAGGUGGAGGUGCUGGACGCCAUCCCCACCCGUGGCCUCACUGUCGCCGACGUCCCCAAGCUUCUGGACACCUGCCAUCAGGCCAUGAGGACGCGCUUCUUCCACAUAUCCAAGAUCCCCCAGGAGAACGGGGCCCCCUUGGGGCCCGACGCCCAGGAGGCCCAGUAAUCGAGGCCUGGGGCAGGGCAGGACCUGGCUGGACGAUGGACAGAGGGCCGCUCCCCGCCCACCAGACACCACUGUGUCCCCUCUAGCCGUCACCCCCUGGAAGCGGGGCCCCUCUUGUCACUGUCUUGGGUCCAGGCCCCCCGAUGUCCCUGCAAGGGAGAGUCAGCCCCCCAAGCUCUGAGGGCAGGGCCUCGCCCACCCCUGUGCCUCGGGGGUCUGGUGUGGGAGUGGGUCUGGACCCCCAUGGGCUGACAGGGCAGGGCCGAGCUGCCCGGCCCCACCCUCCCGCCCAGGCCUGCAUCAGGCCCUCAGGGAGAGGCGGGCUCGGGGGCCAGGACGCCUGGUCUCACGCCCCCAGGUGGCCUCAUGCCAGCUGGGCCUCAGGGAGCCACAAAGCAGGGUCUGCGGCUCCUGCCGGCCUUGGGGAGCGAGUCUGCUGAAUGGGUACUGUGCUCGUCACUGUUUUUUAUAAACGAACUCUUGGAAGUG